UAUCAACCAGAGCAAAAGGUUGAAGUAACCAUGAGAGCUUGCUUGUCUUUCUGCAUCAUGAUCUUCGCCUUGGCAGAAGGCCAUUCGCCAUCCGGAGGAGAACCUAUAUGCAGCGCUUGUAUCACUGAUGGCCUUUUUGUGAAUGAGAUCACGAAAAAUUGGACAAGUAUUACACAAUUAGUGAACUCCUACCUUCGAGAUUUAACAUCAGCAAUGGAUGAUACUAUCAAUUUGCUGGAAACUGGAACGAUAGCUGUAGAUGUCGGUAACCUAGCUAGAGAGUCAAAAACACCCCAAGAAAGCCAGCGCCAAGAUGUGAAAGAGACAAGAGACAAAGGAGAGAGAGGAAUAAGUAUUACGGUAGUCAUGGAUCACAUAACGGCGACUUACCUGAACAAGGUGUACUCCAGCGGCUGCUUUAUAAUCCUUGAAUCUCCUGUGGAGAUCAAUUGCACCUUUGUCUUUGACACACUCAUUUUAGAAGCUAAAAACUAUUCCAUGGACGGCAUUCUUGCAGACACUAUUCCCCUAUAUGGUGGCAAUGCAGCAAUCUGGAUUAAGGCUGAAAAUCUGACAGCAAAGGUAACUGGAAAUUUAAAACCGAUUGAAAUGCAGUUCGAAAGCGUGUAUGCCGAUCUAGAACUAGGACAAUGGACCGUAGACUUUGAAAAUGUGAUGCCUGGCACCGAUCUUGGAGCUUUGUUCAACGAAUUUUUCUCGAUGGUUGGUCCGGAAAUUCUGGAGAUCAUGGAGAGUAAGCUGAACUCUGAUGACAGAUUCCUUAAUUGGAUCAAUGGGCUCAUUAAACAUAAGCAUUUAAACCUCUACUACUAAUCACAUGCACGUCAUUAGGAUGUAAAUGUUCAUCAUUCAUUAACUGUUUAAAUGUAAUGAUGUAGGAUUUUGUUGUCUCUAAGUAAAGAUUAGAAGUCUU